GAAGCUGAUUCGCUUAUCAUCCCCAAGAUCCUGUUCAGGUGAAUAUCAUGUUAAGCAUGGCACCCCACACGAAGCAAGGUCGAUCCCUAUCGCAAGGGGAUUUCGAUAGCAAGAUUCGGGCACGUGUUCACACUCCAGCGGGCCGUAGCAAAAUCCAACUACCGCUUGGAGACGGUGAAACGUUCGUAUAGCGGCAACUCGAGCACGCAAUUUGCCUAACGUAUAGAAACAUGACCAAUCUCACGCAGAUUAGGCUUACAUAUAUAUCACCACCACCGUAAUAAUAGCUCGCAAUGCCCAGCCAUGGCUACUUGUCUAGACUCACCGGAAUAUCCAAGUCGAAUCCGAGUACCAGCCUUGAUUCUGCAGGCAACACAAGUCUUGAAACAUACUGUCACGAGCUGGGCAGCAUAUGCUCAGCCGCAAAAGGCUCCCGGGUACCGCCUCGGCUCCGGACCAACAUGUCUUACAAACCCCUCGCCUCUGACGACCCCGAAGAGCAAACGAACUAUGGUUCAAACAGUUCAUCAGAGGGAACCCCCAGUAUAAAUCCCUCAGCUUUGUUGGGCAUAGAGGGCGAGUUUACAAAUGAAGAAAAGAGCCCGCCAAACCCCUUUUCGGAUUCUGAAACUGCUGCGUACUGGCAAGACGUGUACGAUAAAUGCCGUUAUGAGUGCAGACACGUGUUCAACCCGGGACUUACUUGGACUGUGAAAGAAGAGAAAGAACUUGUCCGCAAACUCGACUGGAAAGUUUGUCUAUGGGCGUGUGUCAUGUUUUUCGGGCUGCAGGUAGACCGGAACAAUCUCUCGCAGGCGGUUUCGGAUAAUAUGUUGGAUGAUUUGGGCUUGAGCACAAAUGAUUACAACUACGGCAAUUCGAUAUUCACCAUAUCUUUCCUGUUCGCCGAAUUGCCCUCCCAGCUCCUCUCCAAGGCACUGGGCCCAGAUCGAUGGAUACCCAUGCAAAUGGUACUCUGGUCGUUCGUCGCCAUCUCCCAAUGUGCCCUUGUUGGCCGCAGAUCCUUCUUCAUCACCAGAAGUCUCCUGGGUCUCUUGGAAGGCGGUUUCAUCCCCGACCUAGUCCUCUGGCUCUCCUACUUCUACACGUCCCGCGAGCUCCCCAUCCGCCUCAGUUACUUCUGGACCACCCUAUCCGUAACCGGCAUCAUUACCUCGCUCCUCGCCUUCGCCUUACUCCACCUCCGCGGCGUCAUGGGCUGGGAAGGCUGGCGCUGGCUGUUCCUCCUGGAAGGUUUCAUGACCCUGACGGUCGGCGUGACGUCGAUUUUCAUGAUUCCUGCAUCCGCGGUGCAGACCAAGACAUGGUUCCGACCCCAGGGGUGGUUCACUGCGCGAGAGGAGGCUAUCGUGGUGAACAGGGUGUUGAGGGAUGACCCCUCGAAGGGAGAUAUGCAUAAUCGCGAGGCGCUGACGCCGAAGCGGUUGUGGGAGGCGUUGACGGACUAUGAUUUGUGGCCGUUGUAUGCGAUUGGUUUGGUUGCGUUUAUACCGCAGACCCCGCCGAAGACGUAUAUCACGCUCCUGCUGCGGUCUCUUGGAUUCAGCACUUUUACUACGAACCUGUUGACGAUCCCUGCAGAAAUAUUCCACAUUGUCAACCUGAUUCUACUCACCAGACUAUCGGAAAAGCUGAAUGAGCGAUCACUUGUGUCCAUCAUCCAACCCCUGUGGGUAUUGCCAUGUAUCUUUGCCCUGCGCUUUUGGCCGGGCGUCUUCGAUGACAAAUGGGGCACUUACACUUUGUUAAUGGCUCUUCUGUCCUAUCCGUACUGCCAUGCGAUUCUGGUCGGCUGGUGCUCAAAGAACUCAAAUAACGUCGGCACGCGCACAGUAUCCGCCGCUCUAUAUAACAUGAGUGUCCAAACCGGGAGUGUUUUCUCGGCCUACGUGUACCGCGAAGACGACAAGCCGCUAUACCACCGUGGGAAUUCAACCCUACUCAUUAUAAAUAUAGUUUCCAUUAUAUUGUUCCUGCUCACGAAGCUAUACUAUGUGCGGAGGAACAAGCUGAAGGCGAAUGAAUGGAACGCUUUAACCGAGGAGCAGCAAAAUGAGUAUCGGAAGAAUACCAGGCUCCAGGGGAGCAGAAGAUUGGAUUUCCAGUUUGCACAUUAAGCCCACGCUAGUAUAUUUUCAAGUUCACGUAUUGGCGGUUUCAUUGUACAGG